UAUAUUUUCAGCCUGUGCAAAACAACAAACACAAAACUGCCAUGAGUUUAUCCCAGAAUAUCUCGAUUGUUCAUCCAGAACACUUUUUCAUCACUGGUCUUACAGGUACACCGUACAGCACUUAUUACUAUAUAUUCUUAUUUAUCAUGUACUUUAUUUCUAUAAUUGGGAACUCGAUAGUCCUUCUCGUUAUAGCUCUUCACCGGAGCCUGCACAGUCCAAUGUACAUUGGUGUGUUUAACUUGGCCUUGGCGGAUAUUGGUGAAACUAAUGCACUGAUUCCUCACAUGAUGAAGAUUUUUUUUUCGGACUCACAGUACAUCUCUUACAAUGCUUGUUUGGCAAGCAUGUUUUUUAUAAACUUCUUUAUUACUGUUCAGACUUACACUCUUGUUGUUCUGGCAUUUGAUCGUUUCGUUGCAAUCUGUUUGCCACUAAGAUAUAAUGCCAUAGUGAAUAAUAAGUUCAUGGCUAUAGUGUUUUCAGUAAUAUGGGCAUUUAACACCUUUAUAGUAACACUGUCAACAUCUAUGAUGACCACACUUUCAUUCUGUAAUUCCAACGUGGUAGAGAGUUGGUAUUGUGACUAUGGAUGUUUGUUGAGGAUGCCAUGCAAUGACAAUAGCAUUAAUAAUUUUAUAGCAAUUCUAUGUGAAGCUUUAUUCCUUGUAGCACCACCGUUCAUUAUAGUCCUGUCAUAUGUGGGCAUUUUUAUUGCUUUAUGUAAAAUUACAACUUGGGAAGGACGUUUUAAAGCACUGAAGACCUGUGUUUCUCACCUUUUGGUAGUUGGAUCAUUCUUUCUUCCCAUACUAUGCAUUUUGAUUGCUGCACCUUCUGCUAAUGCCAGGAUCAUUAGCGGAUCAUUUUCAUUUGCUCUUCCACCAAUGCUAAAUCCCAUCAUUUAUGUUUUAAACACAGCUAAAAUCAAAGACUUAAUCCGAAAAGUGCUUAAAAACAGAUCUGCACCAAUUAGAGGGAAUGUUUCAAAAUGA